UAUUGUCUGCCGAGUUUACUUUAAAAAUUACCAAAAAUUAUUAUCAAUUAUUUACGGAAAAUUAUUUAAUUUUCCUGCUAAAAUGCGUGCCUUUACUUAAUUCACAUAAAAUUGUCUUUUUUUGUUUGUUUCUAAAUCAAUUGUAAAGUGAUAUUUUUUGUGUAAUAAUAAAUUAUACUACGAUUAAGUUAAAUAGUGUGAAUUUUGUACUUAAAAAGACUGAUAAUAAAAAAAAAAAUAAAAGUUAAAAAAAAACAAGCGAAUUAAUUAAAUUUAAACAUGAUUUUAAGAAUGAAUACGAAGAGUAAUUUUUAUUAACGUGGAAAACAAAAAGAAAGAAAAGUGUUUGUGUAGUUAGUGUUUUUUGUUGUUGAUUUUAUGACAACAACAGCGGUAAUAAAUUAAAAAAAAUCAAAUGUUUACAAAGGAUUAUUAAAUGUUUACUAAGCGUUUUUAUAUUUAGAAUUUGCGAAAAAAAAUUGUAAAACAAGAAAAUCGACGAUAAAAAACUGAGAUUCAUAAUUUGUAAGUUGCCAACAUGAAAUUUGCUGAGCAUUUAACGGCUCACAUAACGCCGGAAUGGCGUAAACAAUAUAUUAACUAUGAGGAAAUGAAAGCCAUGCUUUAUAUGGCUGUAGAAGAAGCUCCCUCCGUUGACAGUGUGGAAGAUGAAGUUUUAAAACGACAUUUUGCCAAUUUUGAUGAGAAUUUCUUUCAUUAUUGUGACAAAGAAUUGAAAAAGAUCAAUACAUUUUAUUCGGAAAAAUUAGCCGAAGCCACACGUAAAUUUGCUACUUUAAAAGCUGAACUGAAAACCUGUAUCGAAGAGUCUGAACGCAGUGCAAAAAAAUCGAAAGCUUUAAAGAAAGCCGGUUUGCCACAUCGUAAGGCCCAAGAGCUUAAAUUGGCAUUCAGUGAAUUUUAUUUAAGUUUAAUUCUUCUACAAAACUAUCAAAAUCUUAAUCAUACCGGUUUUCGUAAGAUUCUUAAGAAACAUGAUAAACUAUUGCGUGUCGAUACUGGUGCCAAGUGGCGUCAGGAUCAUGUUGAGGCCUCACAUUUCUUUAUUAAUAAGGAUAUUGAUAAUAUAAUUAAUGAAACAGAGACUACUGUUACCUCCGAGUUAGAGGGUGGUGAUCGUCAACGUGCUAUGAAACGUUUGCGUGUUCCUCCUCUCGGUGAACAACAGAGUCCUUGGACAACAUUUAAAGUGGGUUUGUUUUCGGGUUCCUUUAUUGUUUUGGGUAUUGUGGUGGUGUUGUCUGCAAUUUUCCACGAUAUUAGUGGUGAAAAUCUUAAAGUCACAUUUCGUUUAUAUCGUGGUCCUUUAUUGAUUAUCGAGUUUAUAUUUCUGAUUGGUGUUAAUAUCUAUGGCUGGCGUUCAUCGGGUGUUAAUCAUGUACUUAUAUUUGAAUUAGAUCCAAGAAAUCAUUUAUCGGAACAGCAUCUAAUGGAAUUAGCGGCGAUUUUUGGUGUCAUUUGGACUUUAAGCAUGUUGAGUUUUCUCUACUCGGCUAGUUUAAGUAUACCGGCUUUUAUAAAUCCGCUUACAUUAACCAUUAUAAUGGUAUUAUUUCUAAUAAAUCCCUUUCAUGUACUGCAUCAUGAUGCUCGUUUUUGGCUAUUAAGAAUAUCGGGUCGUAUGGUAGCUGCCCCCUUCUUCCAUGUAGGUUUUGCUGAUUUCUGGCUGGGUGAUCAGUUGAACUCUUUGGCUACUGCUCUAUUAGAUUUUGAAUAUUUAAUCUGCUUCUAUUUUACCAAUGGCAAUUGGUUUGAGGCUCGUGAUGCUUCUAUUUGCAUGGAAAAGGACUUUAUUAUAAGACCCAUUUUUAAUUGUCUGCCUGCUUGGUUCCGUUUCGCUCAAUGCCUUAGGCGUUACCGUGACACACGCGAAGCUUUCCCGCAUUUGGUAAAUGCGGGCAAAUAUUCUACGACAUUCAUGGUGGUUAUAUUUGCCACAUUAAAAAGUUUUAAUAGUCGUUAUUAUUCCAAUACUUUUGAUAAUCCUUAUACCUGGUUAUGGAUUGUGGCUUCAGUGGUAUCCUCUUGUUAUUCUUAUACAUGGGAUAUAAAAAUGGAUUGGGGCUUGUUUGAUAAAAAUGCCGGCGAAAAUACUUUCUUGAGAGAAGAAAUUGUUUACUCUUCCACUGGUUUCUAUUACUUUGCCAUAGUUGAGGAUUUGCUAUUGCGUUUUAGCUGGGCCUUGUCAUUUUAUAUAACCGAAAUGAAAUAUUUAAGUGGCGAUAUUAUGACUUCUAUAACCGGCAUUUUGGAAGUAUUCCGUCGCUUUGUUUGGAAUUUCUUUCGAUUGGAGAACGAACACUUAAACAAUUGCGGUAAAUUCAGAGCUGUACGAGAUAUUUCUAUAGCGCCCAUAGAUUCAUCAGACCAAACGCAAAUACUACGAAUGAUGGACGAACCGGAUGGUGUUAUUAAUCGUUAUACAAAAACUAAUCGUCCUAAACCUAAAAAAUCAAAAGACCCCGAGAAGAGAAGUCUUCUACAACCACGUGGCUCCUUACAGGAUCUAACAAUCGACAUCGAUGGCACUAAAAAACUUUAAAACUUAAAGUUGUGCCAAAUAAUUAUCAUAAAUAAACACUUAAUAAUUUUAAUUUAUUUUAGUUCAAAACUGCAGAAUUUUGCAUAUUAGUUUAAUUAUUACAAUUUUCCCAUUUAUCCCUUUUUCUUUAAAAAAACGUCGAGUACUUAAGAGCAACAACAAACAUUAAGAAAAAGCAAAAAGACCUUUAAAAUGCCAUACAAUUUAAAAUAUAACUUUUUUUUAAGGCAGUAUUACUUAAAAACUAAAAAAGAAAAAACGAAAUUAAAAUAUUGUUCUUCCUUGUGUUUAAAAAAAAUAUAUAUUAAAAUUGAUGAUACCACAUUACAUUCCUAACGUUUAUAAACGUAACAAAAUUAAAAAUUAAAAUUUUUAUUGUUUCUUUUUUUCUUGUUUUUCAUCCCUACUUUAUGUGUGUUAAGUGUAUUUUGUUUGUGUAAUAUGUUUUUGAUUUUUACUUUACUAUAAGUGCUAAAGUUAAUGUUUCUAUCAACAAGUUUUGUUACAAAACUUGGCUCAUUCUAUUGAUGAGCUUUAAAUUUAAAUUUAUACAUAAUUAUUAUAAUUAAAAAGUAAAAACUACAGUUUACAUUUGCAGAAAAAUAAACUAAAUCGUAUGUAUAGAUAUACAAAUAAAAAAAUUAAUUUAAAA